GAAGUCCUCGCCGCCUGUGUUGGAGUUCAAGAUCUACAACCUUGGCUUGGUGCUGCCGGGCGGUGCGGCGUCUCGCAAGCAGCCGACACGCCACUCUGUCAACAAUGACGCGCUGGCGCUCAGCGUUCUGUCGCUGGCAGUCUGCCUUCCUGGCAACGUGUGCGCCCUGGGCGGCUUAGGCACCCACGCUGGUGUUUCAGCAGAUCCGGCCGCUGACCAGCCUGGCGAGGACUCGAGCCUUGACGACGACCUUGCAUGGAUGACCUCGGAGGAGAAUAUCGACCGCUUGAUUUGGUCAAGCCUUCGGCUUAGCGACCGGCACUUCCCCCAGUUUAACGAGCCAGUUGAGCAGGAGCGACCUGCUCCUGAGCUGGCGAAGCCGUGUUCAGGCCAUGACAUCCCUGCUCGGUCACCGCAAGCCGCGCUUGCAUCCAGUCCUGACGCGUCGGAGCGUGGUGGCAAGUUGGCAAAGCACUUGCAAGCAGCCAAAGCGAACAUCAUCGACCCUCUGAAGGAGAUCUUGCAAGAAGCCCAGCAGAAGCGCAAUAAGCGGCACGGGGAAGCAGGCCUGCUCAUCAUCGACGAGGGCCCAGCUGGAGCUCUUGCCCGCGAGUUUGUCCCCGGGUACCUGAGCAUUCCUGAGGCUGAUCACCGGACACUCACAUCAGUUGCGGCCAUGCAGCACACCACUACGACAAUUACUGCCCAGCAACCGUCCGGGGGUCAGGCAGCGCGUGGGGGGAUGCAUGGCGUGGCGGAACAGCAGCGGCUGCAACCGGGGAAUGUGCAGCAGACCGCCCAAGGCCAUGGCGUGCACCCGGAGGGCAGCUCAUCCCCAGGCUGUUACACGCCAGCCGAGCCAAGUCCAAAUCGGCCCCGCUUCAGGGGCUGUAGUCGUGCUAACCCUCCCCUUGCCCUUUUCUCCGCCCACGGUCUCGCGGCGUUCAGCUGUAAGCUUGUACCGAAGGCGCAAGCUUCAGCAACAGCGUCAGCGGAACCCGAUGCCCCGGGCGGCCCCUCGGAGCCGGUUCCCUGCGAUUCACCUGCUGUAAAUGCUGGCGAUUGUCCUGUCGGUAGCAACGGUGACUUGCUAGCCAACCCAUCACUCGACGACGUUCACCGGCUGAUCGACCCUGCGCUGUUGACGGGUGUUGUGUUUCACCACACGCGGCACGCUGGGUUGCAGCUGCAUUUCAGCGUCCCGGAGCCGAUGGUGGCAACGCUGGGGCCCACGCGCUACAGGCGCAUGAUAUCGGUUUUGACAGAUAAUGUGGUCGAAGCGCGCAGCUGCUUUGAGGCAGGAGCGGAGUUCAACUCCAGCAAUACCAACCGCAAGACCUCCUUCAGCC